GCCACACUGCCCGGGCAUUCCCGCCAAAAAACCUCGCUUACGGCGUGCAAUUUUCGCCUCCGAUUUGUUUGCUUUUAUUUGUGUUUAAUUUGCGCAGCCGAACGGACCGAAGCCAGCCACAAGCCAUACCCACCGCCAAAUACCCUAAAAUACAGACACAACAAUGGCCCACGACGGGGAGCAGUUCAUCAAGGACAUCCAGCGCGAGUAUGUGGACUUCCUGGACGACGAGGAGGACCAGGGCAUCUACGCGGGCCACGUCAAGGACAUGAUCGCCGAGAAGAGCAAGCGGCUGAUCGUGAACGUCAACGACCUGAAGCGCAAGAACCCGCAGCGCGCCCUGGGCCUGCUCAGCAAUGCGGCGGACGAGCAGCUGGCCUUCGGGCGCGCCCUCAAGGAGUACGCCGCCACCGUGGAUCCCGGCUAUGCCAAGCAGCACGAGGACCUCUUCGUGGGCUUCGAGGGCUGCUUCGGCAAUCGGCAUGUGACGCCGCGCUCCCUCACCUCCAUGUACCUGGGCAACAUGGUCUGCGUAGAGGGCAUUGUCACCAAGGUCUCCCUCAUCCGCCCCAAGGUGGUGCGCAGUGUCCACUAUUGCCCGAAUACCCGGAAGGUGAUGGAGCGCAAGUACACCGAUCUCACGUCCUUCGAGGCCGUGCCCUCCGGCGCCGCCUAUCCCACCAAGGACGAGGAUGGCAAUCUGCUGGAGACGGAGUUCGGUUUGUCCGUCUACAAGGACCACCAGACGCUCACCAUCCAGGAGAUGCCCGAGAAGGCGCCCGCUGGUCAGCUGCCCCGCUCCGUGGACAUCGUGUGCGACGAUGAUCUCGUGGAUCGCUGCAAGCCCGGCGAUCGGGUGCAGAUCGUGGGCAGCUAUCGCUGUUUGCCGGGCAAACGCGGCGGCUACACCUCCGGCACCUUUCGCACCGUGCUGCUGGCUAACAACAUAUCGCUGCUGAGCAAGGAGAGCAACCUGGACAUCUCGCGCGAGGACAUCAUGCUGUGCAAGAAGCUGGCCAAGAACAACGACAUCUUCGAGCUGCUCAGCAAGAGUCUGGCCCCGUCCAUUCAUGGGCACACGUAUGUGAAGCAGGCCAUCCUCUGCCUGCUGCUCGGCGGCGUGGAGAAGAUCCUGCCGAAUGGCACACGCCUGCGUGGCGACAUCAAUGUCCUGCUCAUCGGUGAUCCCUCGGUGGCCAAGUCGCAGCUGCUGCGCUACGUGCUGAACACGGCUCCGCGCGCCAUCCCGACCACGGGACGCGGUUCCAGUGGCGUGGGUCUGACGGCGGCGGUUACCACGGAUCAGGAGACCGGGGAGCGGCGUCUGGAGGCCGGCGCCAUGGUGCUGGCCGAUCGCGGGGUCGUCUGCAUCGAUGAGUUCGACAAGAUGAGCGACAUCGAUCGCACAGCCAUCCACGAGGUGAUGGAGCAGGGUCGCGUGACCAUCUCCAAGGCCGGCAUCCAUGCCUCUCUCAAUGCGCGCUGCUCCGUUUUGGCCGCCGCCAAUCCGGUGUACGGAAGGUACGAUCAGUAUAAAACGCCCAUGGAGAACAUUGGGCUGCAGGACUCGCUGCUUUCGCGUUUCGAUCUGCUCUUCGUGAUGCUGGACGUGAUUGACAGCGAUGUGGACCAGAUGAUCUCGGACCAUGUGGUGCGCAUGCAUCGCUACCGCAAUCCCAAGGAGGCCGACGGCGAGCCCCUGUCCAUGGGCAGUUCCUACGCGGACUCCCUGUCCUUUGUCUCCAGCAGCGAUGAGAAGAAGGACACCGAGGUCUAUGAGAAGUACGAUGCCCUGCUGCAUGGCAAAUCGCGCCAGCGCCACGAGAAGAUCCUGUCCGUGGAGUUCAUGCGCAAGUACAUCCACAUUGCCAAGUGCAUGAAGCCCAAGCUGGGCGAGCAGGCCUGCGAGGCCAUUGCCAACGAGUACUCGCGCCUGCGCUCCCAGGAGGCCGUGGAAACGGAUGUGGCCCGCACCCAGCCCAUCACGGCGCGUACCCUGGAGACCCUCAUCCGUCUGUCCACGGCCCAUGCCAGGGCGCGCAUGUCCAAAACGGUGACCAUCGAUGACGCCCAUGCGGCCAUCGAGCUGGUGCAGUUCGCCUACUUCAAGAAGGUGCUGGAGAAGGAGCGCGGCAGCAAGCGGCGCCGCAACAGUGGCUCCGAGGAUGAGGAUGGCAACGAUCAGGCCAGCCAGCGAUCGCCAUCGCGUCGCUCCAAGCGCACACGCACUGCGCCCGCCGGUGCGGACAGCGAUGAGGAGGAGAUCGAGACCCCGCAGCCGGAUGCUGGGGAUUUGACGCGACGCGAGACACGCCGUUCGCUGCCCGCUCGCUCGGCAGCCGGCUCCCAGCUGGCCAGCUCCAGUGAGGAGCAGUCGGUGGCCGCCACACCGCCGGCGGAGCCAGCCAGCAUCAGCGAGGGGCGGCUGGGCGAGUUCAAGAACAAUCUGCAGCGGCUGUUCCGCGAGGCGCGCGAGCAGAGCCUGCCGCUGGCCAGGAUCACCACGGCCAUCAACGAGGGCAACCAGGAGCCGUUCAGCGGCGGCGAGAUCGAGGCCGCCGUCCACCGCAUGACCGAGGACAACCAGAUCAUGGUGGCCGACGACAUCGUGUUCCUCAUCUAAUCCCACAUUCCACCGCAGGCGUUUCAGCAGCUCUAUCGGCCCAUUGCAUCCAUUAACUAUUAUUAUCCCUCAUGUAUCGGUUAAGUUGUAUUUUUGUUCGUAUUUAUAUGAUAAUAAACACUUUGGCACUCUUA